AUGCAGCAUGUUUCAGCGUUCGGAUACCCUACUCCGCCAGCGUCGCCAGCGUUCGGCCAGCCCUGCGCCAUCCCCAGCCAGCACAUCACCGUCCAGCAGCGCUGCCUCCCCCGGUACGCUCCGGUGGCCCCGGAGGAGAGACUAGGGAGGUUCCUCACCAACUCGUUGCAGCUGCGGGACAUUGUGGGCACCGGCGCCUACGGGGUGGUGUACUCUGCCGUCGACAUCGAGACGAAUGCCCGGUAUGCUGUGAAGUGCCUGAGCAAGUUCAACGCCGACGGGACGCCGCUGGACCGCCGCCAAGUCGCUUUCCAGUCCAGGGAGAUCAGGCUGCACUACCUCGCAUCCACCCACGCCAAUGUGGUGUCCAUCCUCAAGAUCAUCGACUACCUGGACUGCAUCUACGUUGUGCUGGAGUACUGCCCUGAGGGUGACUUGUUCUACAACAUCACUGAGCGCAGGCAGUAUGUUGGUAAGGAUGAGCUGGCCAAGAAGGUUUUCCUCCAGCUUCUGGAUGCCGUGGAGCACUGCCACAGCCUGGGUAUCUACCACAGGGACUUGAAGCCGGAAAACAUUCUCGUCUCCGACCAGGGAGAGACUGUCAAGCUGGCAGACUUUGGCCUUGCUACCUCGGACGAGCGAUCCGAGGAUUAUGGCUGCGGGUCGACCUUCUACAUGUCUCCAGGUGGGUCUUCCAUCAUCAUCUUCUUCUUAACUUUUCUCUUUCGAGUCAAGUCUUUUCCAAACCUAUUCCGGACCAAGGCGCACGCGGAAAGGAAAGACACUCGUCCACUCUUUACUUUCUCGCUCUGUUCCCCCAACAAUAUUUCCCCCCUUUUGCCCAAACUGACUUGUUGUCUUUCCCUUCUCUAUCUAGAAUGCCUGGACCAAUCUGCAAGGAGACCGUUUUAUUACUGCGCACCCAAUGAUGUAUGGAGCCUUGGGGUCAUCCUGGUGAACCUCACCUGUGGACGCAACCCGUGGAAGCAGGCAUCCUAUGAGGACUCCACCUACCGGGCGUACGCAACAAGCCAGGACUUUCUGAAGACCAUCCUCCCAGUGUCGGAUGAACUGAACGACAUCCUGGGAAGGAUAUUCAACCGGAACCCGGACGAGAGGAUCAGGCUUCCCGAGCUGCGCGCUCGGAUUUUGGCCUGCUCCCGGUUUACCGAGCAGCCGACGGCAGCGCCGCUGCCGAAGCUGUCUGUCUCGCCGGACCAACCAACGGAUUACGUUUGCGAGGAAUCGCUCAUCAUGGAUAGCGAGUAUUACGACCAGAACGACGACGACCACGUGCCGCUCUCCCCGACUUCUUCGGACGGGGAGUCGGCGUACUCGUCCGACGAAGGAUCCCUCACCUCGGACAGCGGCAGCAGCGACGGGGACUUUGAUGAAGACGACUACCUGGAGGAGAUGCCGGAGGCCAAGACCCCCCCACCACAGGCGCAAGCGCCCUUCGGAGAUCCGGCAAUCUAUGAGCCAGAGGACUCAGGAUUGGUAUCACCAUAUCAUCAGCAACCGCAGGAGUGCCUCCCCUCUUAUCCUCUGGCUGCUGCUCCGGAGCACAUGCACCCGCCCGUGCCCCUUCCGGUCCAGCCGGCAUGUGCGCCGAAAGUCCAGCUUCCGCUUCACAUGUAUGUCUGGGAUAUCCUGAGGUACGGGCAGCCGACGCCUCCGGUGCCACAGCUUCACCACCCCAUUCCGUUUCAUCAACAGGUUCCUCUGUUUGCCCAUAUGCAGGGCUGCUACUAG